UAAUUUAACAUCUGUCGACAACUGAUUGAUACGAGCGAGAUAAGACGGCAAAACGAAGUAAAGUACAGCACGAAGAUCGGUGAACUUUGACUUACAAUCAUGAUUUCGCGGAAUUGAACGAAUGCUUCAAGAAAGAGGAAAGCGAGGACGCGAAAAUGCCGCGUGCAUGGAUCUCUCAUACAUCCAUCAUCCCACGCGCGCUGUUCUCCAGGCAAAAUUCAACAUGAUUCGCCUAAUGAAACUGUUCGCGGCGAGGUUUUAAUGGAGGCUAAACAGCGAGCUUGACAGCGAGCUUGAGUUUUAGUCGCCGUUAGUUCCAUAUGUACAACAUUGCUCCUCAUCGCAGAGUUCUCAUGGCUCCAGUUGGAGACACCAGAGCUUGGAGAGGCAUGUGCGGUCUUUAGCAGCAAUAAUCGCGGCAGGAAACCAGUCUGGAGGGUUGAUAAAAGCAAUAAAUCCCUACUCAACAUAAGUGACCCGACGCGCUAUGACAAACUUCAGGGGAAGAGCUUCACCCGCGCGGAUGCUACGACGCCUUGUGAUGUUUUAAAGUGGAGCCUCUCUGAUACACAGGAACUUUUUGGAUUUACCAUCGACAUAAUUGCGGAGAUGACAAGAAGACAGGACGACAUUGCGCCAUCACCUGUUAUCUGAACACUGUGAUUAGUUCCCACAAAAGCACUGAGUCUGUAUUGCCUUUGGACCUGCUUUCAAUACAUUCCGCUGUUAGACAUGGCGACUAGUCAGCUACGGACAGUAGACGGGUUGAUUUCUUAACGAAUACAUAGCCAUAUUGUUUUUAUUCCCCUUAACACGUUGCGUUCCGAACAUCGAUUAAUUUUGCACUAUGAUGGAACAGCCACCUUGCUCUAAAAAGAGCCUGUCUCUUUCGCUGCCGGUUCCCCGGGAGGGACAGGCGACCCUCAAGCCUCCCCAGCAUCUGUGGAGACAGCCACGGACCCCCAUCAAAAUCAAACAUCGCGGUUACUCUGACACCGACCGACAUCACCACCGACAGAUGGAGCGCUCGAAUGCCAUGGACACGAGUGACCGGCCGGGGCUCAAGAAGUCCCGCAUGUCCUGGCCAUCGUCGCUCCAAGGAACCACCAGCGCGUCCAUGAGCAACUGCGCUGGGAACAAGCGCUAUGAUGGGGAGAAUGGGCCCUCUCCUGGCCGCAGCCCUAUGGAUUCGCAGGCGAGUCCUGGGCUGGUGCUCCAUCCCUCCUUCCCUCAGAGUCAGAGAAGGGAAUCUUUCCUCUACCGCUCCGACUCUGACUACGACAUGUCCCCCAAGACCAUGUCACGAAACUCCUCCAUCAACAGCGAGGGUCAUACUGAAGAUCUCAUAGUCACCCCUUUUGCUCAGGUGUUGGCUAGUCUACGAACUGUCAGAAGCAACUUCACAAUUCUCGCCAAUGUCACGACUCCCACCAACAACCAACCCACGGUUCCCCCAGCAACGCUCUCAGAUGAGACAUACCAGCAGCUGGCUCGGGAGACUCUGGAGGAACUUGACUGGUGUUUGGACCAGCUGGAGACCAUUCAGACCCACCGCUCUGUUAGCGAAAUGGCCUCCAACAAGUUCAAGAGGAUGUUAAAUAGGGAACUGUCUCAUCUGUCUGAGAUGAGCCGCUCGGGGAAUCAGGUGUCUGAAUACAUCUCCACUACCUUCCUAGACAAACAGAAUGAGGUAGAGAUUCCCUCUCCUACACUCCGGGAGCAAGAAAAACCAAUGUCUCACAUCAGUGGUGUCAAGAAGCUUACACAUAGCUCGAGCCUCACUAGCGCAGCCCUGCCCCGCUUCGGGGUCAAAACCGAGCAGGAGGAUGCACUGGCCAGGGAGCUGAAUGACUUAAACAAGUGGGGCCUUAAUAUCUUCCAUGUGGCUGAGUACUCCAAUAACAGACCUCUAAGUUGCAUGAUGUUUGCUAUCUUCCAGGAAAGGGAUCUAUUAAAGACAUUUCGGAUCCCAGUGGACACAUUUAUCACCUAUGUGAUGACACUGGAAGACCACUAUCAUGCCAACGUGGCCUAUCAUAACAGCCUGCAUGCCGCUGAUGUCACACAGUCAACACAUGUGCUGCUCUCCACACCGGCACUGGACGCCGUUUUCACUGAUCUUGAAAUCCUGGCUGCAUUGUUCGCUGCUGCCAUUCAUGAUGUAGACCACCCUGGAGUUUCCAACCAGUUCCUCAUCAACACCAACUCAGAACUGGCAUUAAUGUACAACGAUGAAUCUGUACUGGAGAACCACCACCUGGCUGUAGGUUUCAAGCUUCUGCAUGAGGAGAACUGUGACAUCUUUCAGAACCUCACCAAACGGCAACGGCAGAGUCUGCGCAAGCUGGUCAUUGACAUGGUUCUGGCAACAGACAUGUCAAAGCAUAUGAGCUUGCUGGCAGAUUUAAAGACAAUGGUCGAGACCAAGAAAGUGACAAGUUCAGGUGUGCUGAUGCUGGACCAUUAUAAUGACCGAAUACAGGUCCUGAGGAACAUGGUGCACUGUGCUGACCUUAGUAACCCAACCAAGCCCCUGGCAGUGUACAGGCAGUGGACUGAGCGUAUUAUGGAGGAGUUCUUCCGGCAGGGCGAUAAAGAGCGAGAGCGUGGGAUGGAAAUCAGCCCCAUGUGUGACAAACACACUGCGUCCGUGGAAAAGAGUCAGGUGGGAUUUAUUGAUUAUAUUGUGCAUCCCCUGUGGGAGACCUGGGGGGACUUGGUCCACCCUGAUGCUCAGGAAAUUUUGGACACCCUUGAGGACAACCGGGACUGGUACCAAAGCACUAUUCCCCAGAGCCCAUCGCCACCGCCUGACGGCCCAGAUAAUGAGCUUGAAUCCUGCACGAACAAAUUCCAGUUUGAGCUCACCCUGGAGGGAGAAACAGGACAGGACGGUGCUCCCAGUCAUAACCACAUAGACAGCCAUGGUCAAGAGGCAAAGAAAGAAGAUGAGGCGGCGGAUGAAGCUGAGGAGGACGAGAUAGAAGAAAAAAUGGAGGACGGGGAGGAGGUGACAGAGGUAGUGGUUGAGAGGUCGGGACGGAGGCGACUGCAGGUUCAGUCAGUAGUCGAGGAGGAAGAUGAGAGACAGUCUGAUGAGAGCCCCGUGGAGGAGACGGAGGAGGAGGAGAAGUCAUCCUCUCCCACCGAUGACACAUAAUACUCGAGAUUCAAGGAACAGCUGUCUGGCCCAGGGGGCUAAGUAGGGUCUAUCCCUCAAAAACUGUCCCUAUUCCGUUCACAUAGGACUUUUCUGUUUCUGAUAGCUAGACCAUGAACAGAAUAAGUCUUGUGUACCAAUCCAAUAAGACAUUUUAUUUUAUUUUUCAAAAAGAGAACAAAAUAAUAUUGAUUUCAGAGAAGUAUUUAACACAGCAACUGUAGAUUUCGAGUGCAAGCUGGAGUCCAUCCAGCAGCAGUGAGGGUGAGGUUUGAUGGAGAAACAGAAUCACGGUGGGGUUUGUAAAAGGCCAUUACGUCAGUGUAGCACUCUGGAAUUUCUACACAUACGCAUACAUUCACAGACGUACAUGAAUUUUAACCUAAAAUAACGAUACCACACAGUACAUGCAAACACACGGCUGUGUGUCUGUGUAUGUGUUCAGGGGGCUUGGAUCUGAAAGGAAUCUCUUUGGGAAAAAGCCAUCAUAAAAAGGAGCAUCAGUGUCAAUAAUCAGUAUUUAAAGCAUUCGAACAGGGACUUAAAUCCUCAGAAUUCACAUGCUGAGUGAAAUCUGAGAGACUUUUUCCAAUUUCUGUCAUAGAGAGAACACAGUUGCAUCUGCCAGGAGAAAAUAAGAUAACACGUGUUGCCCAGAAGACUGGAGGGAUGAGUAUGUUGGAAAUGAUUUGUUAGUGGGUCCCACCCCCUCUUACCCUUUACCCAGGAGUGCUACCAGUGCAAGAUGGCCAUGUGCCUUUCUGAACCACCAGCUUCAACUCUGGAGCUGUUGUGAAGCAAUGCAUCGUGGGACAGGAGUGUCUGCUUUUGUCUUCAUUUUUGAUUGUCUCUUUCUAUUUUUAAGCAAUCUAUCUCCAUCGAAUAUGGUUCGUGCCGGCAUGGAGCAUUCACAUUGUCUUUGUGAUAAUUCCUGCUCUCAUCUGUCAGUCUUCCUCGGUCGCUUUCAAGCCAACCGAGCAUUUAGGGCCUAGAUUAGAUUUAUCACCGUCACUGCUCACGGACUGCCCUCACUUUCCAUGUGAAUAAUUAAUGAUAGUCACUUUCUGAGGAUAAGCCAUGUGACAUAUGUUUUGCCUUCUUUUUGUUUUGUUUUGUUUUGUUAUAUCCAUUCCUGCCAAAUUUGUAAAAGCAACAGUCUCCUCAAUUGCAGCACACAUUCACACACUCUCUCACCUUCACCCACUCAUGCUGGUAAUACAUUCUCUACACCACAACACGCUGCAUUAUGUUUUGCCAAAGGAAUGAUAAGUUGGAAAAGCCUUGAUCGGUGGCUAGAAGAGAGGAUGGUGAGAGAAGAUGAGGCAUAUCUCAAAGAGAAAGACAUUGAUGGUUAGAUAGUUGGAAAGACAGAUAAAACAAGUCACAUGCAGCCAUAUUGAGUUUGAUGCUUUUUUGCCUUAAUGUCAACUGCAGGGUAGUCAUAUUGUGGAAUAAUAAGAUGUUGGCAUUACAUCCCAGAUUAUUUGUUUCAUGUCUAUAUGCCUUGCUAAAUGUCUGUGAAUACACAAUAGCUCCAUCUGGAGGUGUAGGGUAUUUUUUCUGCAUGGCAAAGUGACUAUAAUGGCGUACAGACAGAGAAAGCAGGUCAUACCAUUAAACUAAACUGUUCCUCUAACGUAUUUCAUGUCCAGCAUCUUUUAGUGGUGUCUAUUUGACUCUUCACCAACGUUUAAAGGGAGAACGAGAGAGAUAGAAAGUAAGAAUGAGAGUGAGUUCUCAGGUUGAUGUUAGAUUUGCAAUAUUGCCUCUCUCAGAUUGAUUGAUUGAUUGAUUGAUUGAUUUUUAGUUCAGUUGAAUGAACCAAUUGUUGCUAUAUUUUGGGACAGUGUUUGUGAGCAUCCCUCUUGAAAUACGAUGGCAAGCUAGUUUCUGCUGGUCAGUAGCUUAGCUUUACACAAGCCCGUGCCUGUCGGAGCAGUAACUUGAGGUCAUUCCAGUACAUAUGUGAUAACUGUAUUUGUCUGUGACAGGAUUAGAGGAUGUCAUGGUAUAAGUUUUCAUUUGGAGGACCACCGGAUGAAAGCCUGAGGUUACACAAUCGGUUUGUGCGAACUGAUGACAUUCCCAUAUACAUUUGCCUGUCUUACCUUAAAAUUGCUUUGUUGUGUGGCUUUUUGUUAAUGUUGUGAGCACUACGCUAACAAAUAAUAUUUGCCAUUUUAACACGACACUGUAGCAAUUGUUUCUUAUUAAGAAAUUAUUCAAAUUAAUUCCUUGCUGCCAUUCUUUUUGGAUAUCAAAAGGAAAAACAAGUGUUUUCUUUGAACAGUUUGUGUACAGUUUUUAUUUUUGUAUCAUUCUGGUUUGAUGGUUUGAAAAUAAUAAUAAAAAACUACUAUCUAAUAUAAAUAGUAGACAAAUCACUGCUUGUUUUGUAUAUACUGUAAUGUUGAAUUGUAAAUUUGAGAUCUCUCAGAAUCAGUCACUGUCACAAUGAAUCACUUUUAGUUGUAAUGAACUGUAGUUGAAUUGUGGAAUUUCAUAAGCGCCCUCCACCUUCCCCUUUCUUUCUCCUGUCAUCUCCCUGCCAUUCAUUUGAGGGAUUUUAGUCAACCUCUCACCACCUUUAAAUGUGAAUAUUUGAAUUGUAUUGGAAAACAGACUAAUCAUCCGUUAUUUCUAAAACUUGUCUUUACCAGCACUUUAUUUUUUCUGUAGGAAGUUGUUGUGAGAUGGCUGAUAUCAGGGGGAAUGGUAUAGAGUGUUGUAUAGCAUGGCACAGGGUAAGCACUUUAAAUGGCUCGGUCCAAAUGUCGUCUCUUUGGUCCUCAAUGCCAUUUUCUGCUAAAGCACUGAACAACAUCAGCUACUCUGUGUCAAUAAUCUGGACUGUAAUGGCUUUAAUAGGGUUUUAAAUACUUCUGUGAGGUUAAUGACCAAGAAACAGUCAGAAAGAUGACGUGGCUUCAUCAGAGAACAGUUUUUCUUUGUACUUUGAAGUACAAUGUACUUUUACAUGCCUCAUGAGACUCUCCAGUGAAAUUUUUCUCUGGGCUUUAAAUAAUAUGUUACUUGUUCACACGUUAUGGUAAUAAUAUAAAUGAAAAAGA